AUGGGCUACGAAGCGAACAAAAACCGGUCAUGGUUGCCAAACUUCCUCAAGAAGUCGACCCAAGAUGACGCCACGCCUGAUGAGCGGACGUCGCUUCUCCCAGACUCGCAGCAUGAGGAAUGGUCUACUGGCGAGAACUACGAGCUCGAGGACGGCACUGCGUCCAAGUACCCACUUAUCCUCCACGAGUUCUGGGUACUGUUCAAAGGGUCACUGCCUGUGGUCGUAGCAUACGCGUUGCAGAAUUCACUGCAAACAGUCUCUGUCCUCAUCGUCGGACGCCUCUCGCCAGAAGCAUUAGCUACCGCCGCCUUCUCGUAUAUGUUCGCAAUGGCUACUGGUUGGCUCGUCGCUCUUGGUGGCACGACCGCGAUCGACACGCUGGCUUCAGCCAGUUUUACCGGAAGCAAAAAUCGGCAUGACCUGGGUAUCAUACUCCAGCGCGCAUUCGUCGUUCUUCUACUGUUCUACAUACCCAUCGCUAUCGUGUGGUUCUGCUCCGAGCCGCUCUUCAAAGCGCUCGGCCAGGAGGACUAUAUCGCCAGAGACUCGGCAAGGUUUCUCUCGGUGCUUGCCCCAGGCGGUAUUGGCUACGUAUACUUUGAGGCAUUGAAGAAGUAUAUGCAGGCUCAAGAAAUCAUGAGACCCGGAACAUACGUCCUGUUGAUCACCUCCCCCCUCAGCGCCGGUCUCAACUACCUCUUCGUGUACACAUUCCAAAUGGGCCUUCUCGGCGCUCCGCUCGCUACCGGCAUCGCAUACUGGGCAUCCUUUCUUUUGCUGCUCGCGUAUGCUCGUUUCGUCGACGGAUGGCAAUGCUGGGGCGGUUGGGACCGCAAGUGUCUACAAAACCUUUGGACCUUCUCUCGACUUGCUUUACUCGGAGUUAUACAUGUCGGCACGGAGUGGUGGGCGUUUGAGAUUGUUGCGCUUGUUGCAGGCAAACUCGGCACGAUACCACUCGCCGCGCAAAGUGUUAUCAUGACCACGGACCAAGUUAUGAACACCAUUCCUUUCGGAGUUGGUGUCGCUACCUCGUCGCGUGUCGGAAACCUCCUCGGCGCACGCAAUGCCAAAGGCGCCGCCAGAGCUGCCAACGUGGCUGCGGUACUUAGCAUGCUGCUCGGUGCGCUUGUACUGGUUGUCCUUAUGGGCGUCAAAGACUUUUACGCCAAGAUCUUCAACGACGACGCGGAAGUCGUCAAGCUCACUGCAAAGGUAAUGCCUUAUGUUGCGCUUUUCCAAAUUGCCGACGGACUCAACGGUAGCUGCGGAGGCGCGCUCAGAGGCAUGGGUCGACAGCAUAUUGGAGCGACGGUAAACAUUGUCAGCUACUACUGCGGAGCUCUGCCACUCGGCAUUUGGCUUGCUUUCCACGGCUGGGGACUUGGCGGCUUAUGGGUAGGCCAAUGCAUAGCCCUGUAUCUUGUUGGAUUUGCAGAAUGGGCGAUCGUUGCUUGGAGUAACUGGGACUACCAAGUCAAGAAAGCUUUUGAACGGAUGGACUCGGAUGACAGGGCGGAGCUGGGCGUGCCUCCAGAUGAAGCAGCGCCGGUACACAGAUAG